AUGGAUAUUCGAUUAACUCCAAUUAUUAAAUGGCCUAGUCGUGAUGAGUUGUACAAGACCAUGCCUAGAUGUUUUUUGGAUGCGUUCGGUCGUAAAACUACAGUUAUUAUUGAUUGUUUUGAAAUUUUCAUCGAUCGGCCAUCCAACCUUCUUGCAAGAGCUCAGACCUUUUCAAAUUAUAAACACCACAACACUGUCAAAGUUUUAAUUGGAGUUACACCACAAGGGACAAUUUGUUUUGUGAGUGAGGCUUGGGGAGGAAGAACAUCAGACAAGUUUUUGACUGAGAAGUGUGGAAUUCUUGAGAAACUUUUGCCAGGUGAUAUGGUCCUUGCUGACAGAGGUUUUACUGUGCAUGAAAGUAUUUGGUUCCGUCAUGCUGACCUGAAUAUUCCAGCAUUUACAAAGGGAAAGGAUCAACUCGAUCCUGUUGAUGUAGAGAAGACAAGACAGAUUGCUACACUGAGAAUCCACGUUGAGAGAAUUAUUGGGACAUUGAGACAGAAGUACACCAUCCUUCAACAAACUUUGCCAACAGAUUAUCUUGCCUGUAGAUCUGGUGAAUCUGUACCUCUCAUUGACAGGAUGUUAAGAGUUUGCUCAGCUCUUGUCAAUCUUUGCCCACCUACCAUCCCAUUUGACUGA